UAGUUAGCACGCUCUCAGUCCAUUAUCAGCUCUCGGUUGAAUCAAACGUGUGGUGUUUUUUUUUGCCAGCUUUAUUGCCAUUCCACAUAUUGUUGUCACUUGUCACCUUAGGGUUAGAGACACACUUCAGUAGUCAAAAGUGCUUUAUUGGCAGAAGUUGUCCGGAAUAAUUGCGCGCAAUCGAAGUGCGGCCUGUGUGAUUUGAGUCAUCAACCGAGCGAGCUGUUAUCGUCGUCUAAGUCAAAGUCAGAGUGAAGUGCUUUAGGGCAAAAAAUGAAGCAGCGUAAGAGGAAUGCAUCAAUCUGAUGUCAUUGCAUAGUAAAACAACCGAAUAAACCACGAUGAUGAAAAAAGCUCUGAGACGCAGUGUGGCCGACUCAGAAGAUGGUAGCAGAUCUUCGACCUCCAGCCGCCGGUCAUCCCAGUUCAUGGUGGUCGAUUUCACCAAAGAUGAAAUCGCUCAUCGUUCCUUUACAGCGCACCAAACAGCACCGGCUCAGGACUUCUACAGACUUCGGCAACGCUGUCUCGAUGAUGGCAUACUUUUCGAUGAUACGGAUUUUCCACCCGGUCCCAGCUCUCUCUCCAAGCUCUCCGGUCAACCAACGGACCAAACAAUCCUGUGGCUACGGCCGAAAGAAAUCUGUCGGAAGCCAAAGUUCUUCGUCGAUGGUGUCUCGCGCUUCGACGUUCGUCAGGGUAACCUCAACGACUGUUGGCUUCUUACGGCUACGGCGAAUUUAACGGCCAAUGAGCGACUGUUUAGGAAAACCGUUCCACUGGAUAACACUUUUGAAGAUGGUAGUUACGCGGGCAUUUUCCACUUCCGUUUUUGGCAGUUUGGUCAGUGGGUAGAUGUGGUGAUCGACGAUCGACUUCCGACACGGGAUGGGCAGUUGCUGUACAUGAGAUCUAGUCAGAAGAAUGAGUUUUGGAGCGCAUUGUUGGAGAAAGCUUACGCCAAACUUCACGGAUCUUAUGGAGCCUUGAAUGGGGGCACUGCAAGAGAAGCUAUGCAGGAUUUCACCGGAGGUAUUACGGAGUCUUACCGUUUGAGGGCUAAGGAAUCUCCACCAGAGAAUCUGUUCGAAAUUAUUCACACCGGGUUUCAGAGGGGAUCGAUGUUCGCUUGCAAUAUACUGCCUGAUCCAAAUAUCCCUGAAGCUCAUACACCGGAAGGCCUUCUGAAGGGUCAUUCGUAUUCGAUAACCAAAACGCACAUUUUUGAUCCUUUGAAAUGUCAGUUGAUAAGGUUGAGGAAUCCCUGGGGAGAUGGUGUGGAAUGGAACGGAGCAUGGAGUGAUCGUUCGAAAGAAUGGGACGCCAUUUCGAAAGCUGAGAGAAAGCGUAUUGGGCUUACGCUAGAUAACGAUGGCGAAUUCUGGAUGAGCUUCCAAGAUUUUUUGCGCUUCUUUGACCGGGUAGAGAUUUGUAACCUUUCGCCUGAUCCCUUGGAUGAUCCGGAAGCCAGUCAACGGGGUUGGAAGGUAUCGACGAUUGACGGCGAAUGGGUGAAUCAAUCAACGGCCGGGGGCUGUAUUGAUUACCUUGAUACUUUCUGGACUAACCCGCAGUACGUUAUUCGGUUGGAUCAGCCGGAUCAAGACGAUAGCUCUGGAAUGUGUACCAUUGUAAUUGCUUUGAUGCAAAAGUUUCGGAGAGCUGAGGAUCUAGCAAGCCUCACAAUUGGUUUUGUGGUCUACCGGAUUACCGAGGAAGACCUUCGCCACAAACCUAUUCCAAUGAAAUUUUUCAAGAAGAACGAUUAUCGCAUAGUUGAGAAAUCAAUCUUUAUCAACUCCAGAGAAGUCAGCUGCAGAUUGCGUUUGAACCCAGGGGUCUAUCUGCUCAUCCCAUCUACUCUGAAUCCUCAUGAAGAGGGCGAAUUCUUAGUACGUAUAUUUUCCGAAUUCCGUAACUGCCUUGAAGAAAAUGACUGUACCGUUUGCUUCGGAACGAUGGAUGAUCGCAUUUCCGGCCCCUUGCUAGAAACCGGAGAUUGGGAGCAUAUGGUCCGCAACUUCUUCGACAUGGCUGAUCGCAAAGGAGAAAUCGACCACCUCGCGCUCAGUGCCAUCCUCAACAAAUUCUUUUUUUCACCACCGCCAAACAAAACCAAAAAGCGCCCAACCAUGUGGCAGUCGAUAAACAUUCAACUACGUAACAUCUUCCUCUGUUGGUGGAUGCCAUUCUUCCGAACUAAACCGAACAAAAACCCUAAAACACCGAACCGAUCUCUAGUUCACCAAAUCUCCAAGCUCUUAAUAGCUCGAAUAACGCUGAACCAUUCCUCGGCCCAGCAGCUAAACUAUGACCAGUUUAGAACCGUAAUAAGGGACAUGCAGCAGUGGCAGGCCGUAUUCAAUCUGUACGAUCUCGAUCGAAGUGGCUACCUAGACCGGACCGAGCUCAAAAGAGCACUCAACUCGUCCGGCUUCAACGUCAGCAAUCGAGUGCUGCAUGAACUUCUACGGAGGGCGCGCGAUGAACAACGGGACAAAAUGGACCUGGUAGAUUUCGUUCUCUGUGCCGUUGAAAGUCGCAAUGCAAUUGAAAAACUUCAGCAAAACAUAACCGAUGACGCUAAACGUAUUUUUGGAUCCGAGGAGAAAACGAGAAAUUGAAACAAACCUAUUUCAUCGCUCGCUUCAACAUUUCUACGCAACUUGAUUAAACCUUAAUGUGAUUCCGUAAGAAGAUACGCUUCCUUUACACACUUGGGCAUUGACUGUUGAUAUCCAAUACCUGUUAUGAAUACAUUAUUGUAUGUAACCGACUGUAGACAACCUUCGCCAAAUCUGUUCGCAUUAUACAAUACGUAUUUCAAGUCAGCAAGAUAAUCAUUUAUUAUACCAAU